GAAAGCCGAAUUGGUAAAGCAAGUAUUUGUGUCUAUAGUAACAUCUGCAGUGUGUUCCAAACAUUCCUCAGAUUUUCGUUUGCGUUUUAGUGUACGAAAUACAUUUUCAUCUCUUUUCUGCACUAUGGAUUGGGACAUUUUGACGAAAUUCUUUUAUUUUUAAUUAUAUAUCAGCAUAUAUAAAUAAUAUUAAACAGUCACAUAAAAUAUUUUGUAGUCGAAGGAAAUCAAUUACUCCUUUUUACAACGGCCAUUUUGAAUUUAAUUCAGCUGCCGCCAUUCAUUUUUUCAACCGUACAUUCAGUAGUGAAUUCUUUUGCGUACUGUCCCUGCUGGAAGAAAAUACACCAUACUUUGCGAACAGCUGAUCUUUGUUGUUUCAUCAGGUUUCAUAACCUUACCACAUUUCAGCUGUGCAUUGAAUUUUUGUGAGCAUUUUUCUGUUUUAAAUAAAUAAUAAUGGAUGCACAAAAACUUUUACAAUACGCUACUUUAUUAAAACAAACAUUUCGAGCUUAUGGCAAACACAAUAAGAAAUUCUUAUAUAAAGAUGGCAAGAAAUACGGCAAAAUCAUUUACUAUCCAAUGAACCCUGAACAGGAAGACCCACCAAUUGAACCCGCAAAACUUUUCCGUGUUCAACGUGUGAAACCCGUUAAGGGUAACCCCUUUUGGGAGAAGCGCAUUUUAAAGGAUCUUGGGCUUGAUGGGAAACAGAGCGAUUUCACGGUAGUAAAAAAUAUACCAGAUGUAAAUGCUAUGUUGUGGAAGAUAAAGCAUUUGAUUAAAGUUACCCCCAUCAAAUUUCCUUAUGGUGAACCAACAGAGAACGAUCUUAAACACACCGUUCUCAAGGAAAAUGGCGAAUGUAUUGUCACGAAGGAGAUAGGUCCUGUUGUUGAACGUUUAGAAGCAGCUGAGGCAUUUGAAUCAGACCCCAAACGUUUAGAUACAGAUUUAUUAAAACGUGAUGCUCGCAUGAAAUGGCUGAACCCGUGGUAAAUAGAAAAUAAAAAAAUUAGCAUGUUAUGCCAUUACUUUAUUAAAAAAUAAAUAAUUAAAUCAAAUUUCA